GACGUGGCCCUUCAAAGUUCACGAGAAAAUAGCCUCAACUCCACCUGAAGGGAAGGAGUUAACAUGCACCAAACUUAAAUGUCAAAGAAAGCAUGCGGACAAAAAUUGAGUUUGGCUUUGGUCAUUUCUCAGAUAAACUCUAAUCUGUGUGAAAAUGUUGAAUCAAGAAAAGAGCACCUUUUCUUUUUCUUUUUUCCUUUUUUGUCUUCAAGCUAGCUGUUUCCUAUUCACUUUUUUCGUUGUCCGUUUUACAUUCAUUUCUGGGUCCAACUGAUAUUCCAUGAAGAUUUUUUCAAGUUUCUAAGCUCCAAAGUUUCUGCUUCUUCAAUAUCUUCUGGCAACUGCCAAGUUAGUAUUCUAACAUAUUUCCCUCUGUAGUAAUAUCACAUUCCACUUUAAUGUUUCUUAAUAGAGUUUAAGAUCUUGGUUUGUUGAUACUUUUUGCUAGGGUUAGAACUCCAUUGAACAUGUUUCAAUGUCCUGUUUUCUAGCAAUUUUUUUCUUAUGCUUGAAAAGAUAAGGUGAGAGAGUUUUGGAAACAAUAAUUGAACGUUACUGUGUAAGACUUUAUUUGAAAGUUGGUAGCCAGCUAGCUCCUAAUAAUUGGGAGAUGUUGCCCUUUAGGAUGAAAUGAGAGAGGUGAAACUGAAAUUUUUAAUCUUAAACUCAUUCUAGUUUGCCAUGAUUCUCCUGUUUUUUAGUCUUUCCUUCUCAUGAACAAAUAGUUAUGUAUAAAAAUACUGGAAGUGACUGAUUUCAACAGCUGCUUUUCAAUGCACCUUAGGUGCUAUCGAUGGUGGCUUUGAAAUAAAAGUUCUAACUUCUAAAGUAGUGAUUGCUUGAACAACUCUGUCAAUGGUAGCUAAUUUGGUUUUUUUUUUUUUUUCCCUGAUUUUUCUUACUCAGUUUGAGAGCUUUUUUCCUGGAAUGAUUGGUAUCUCAAGCAAAAGUGUCAGUAACUUCUAUCAAAUACCUCUGCUGCAAUAUCUUAUCAUUCUAUGGUACCAAAACAAUUUUCAAGUUGGUUAAUUCCCAUCUUGUUUUUGCAGAAGUAAAUGGCAAAUGAUCUGGGAAUAGCAUUCUACAUCACCAUAUGCUGCAUUGCCUUUAUCAUAUCAAAGAUCAUUCUUACAAUUCUCCUUUAUAAGCGAUGGAAACAAAAGAACGUGAUUUAUGAGGAAGGUUUCUCAGGUGGGAAAGUAGUGAUGUUUAGGUCUCCAGUGUUGCAGUCUCUAACAUCUGAUGUGCUGUUGAAGAAGACAUUGAAGUUAAGCAACAAAGACAUCAUUGGUGCUGGAGGGUACGGUACAGUGUACAGGUUAAUGAUAAAUGACACCUUGGCCUUUGCUGUGAAAAGGCUAAACAGAGGAACUGCAGACAGAGAUAAAGGAUUUGAGAGAGAAUUGGAAGCAAUGGGUGAUAUCAAGCACCGCAACAUUAUAACUCUUCACGGAUAUUACAGCUCCCCCCACUACAAUCUUCUUAUAUAUGAGCUAAUGCCUAAUGGAAGUUUGGAUGCUUUUCUUCAUGGAAAAUCAAUGGAGAGUAAGAUAUUGGAUUGGCCAACAAGAUAUAAAAUAGCAUUAGGUGCUGCAAGAGGAAUAGCAUACCUUCACCAUGAUUGUAUCCCUCAUAUAAUUCACAGAGAUAUCAAGUCCAGCAAUAUAUUACUCGAUCAGAACAUGGAGGCUCGAGUCUCAGAUUUCGGACUCGCCACUUUGAUGGAGCCAGACAAGACUCAUGUUUCAACAUUUGUGGCUGGAACCUUUGGAUAUUUAGCCCCAGGCACGACGAACAAAAUUGUAGUCAUGCUUCUCCCCUACUGUUUUGACUUUUUUAUAAUUAAAUUUGGUUCUUCUGCAGAAUAUUUCGAUACAGGAAGAGCAACAGGAAAGGGCGAUGUUUACAGCUUUGGAGUUGUUUUGCUGGAGCUUUUAACAGGAAAGAAACCAACGGAUGAAGCAUUUCUUGAGGAGGGAACAAAGCUUGUUACAUGGGUAAAGGGAGUUGUUGAAGAAAGGAGGGAAGAAUAUGUGCUUGACAGUAGCUUAAGUUCUUGUCCUGUGGAUGAGAUUAACAAUACAUUCAAUAUAGCAUUGAUGUGCCUUGAAACAGAUCCUUCCAAGAGGCCUACAAUGGCUGAGGUUGUUAAGAUGCUGGAGCAGAUAAAAUCAGGGAGCGCUGUAACUGAUUCUUAAUGUUGUUCUUAGUCUAGUCAUUCAAAACUACUGUACAUACAACAUUUUUAUCCUGUUUUUAUAUUUUUGAUUGAAUAAUCAUAAACA